AUGCCUACAGACUACAACAACCAAGUAACAUUUAGCCCCAUAAAAUGCGUCCAGAUUAAUCUACAAAGAGCGCAGGCAGCGACAUCUCAAGCAGUCACUCAUGCAACAUCCCACGAUGCAGAUCUACUCCUGAUACAGGAACCUUAUUGUAGAGAGGGUCAAGUAGCAAGCCUUCCCAUAUCGUGGAAAGUCUAUCAGCGUAAAGCAGAAACUAACGAACAAUCCCCCAGAGCCGCAAUACCAUGCACAAACCCCUCCUGGUCUCCACUAGUCAUCAAGCAAGAACGAGACUUCGUUGCCAUCUUAUUAGCAUUCAAUAACGCACAGUACAUAAUAGCUUCAAUUUUCUCUUCCCCAACGGACAGUAUCACUGGCACCACCUCAUACAUUCUUGACACCAUACAACGAUGCCCUUCAACCCCUCUGCUUCUUAGUGGUGAUUUUAAUGCGCAUAACACCAUAUGGGGAUAUGCAGAUACUACGACGAAGGGACAGGAGCUUGAGGACUUUCUGGCAGCCAAUAACAUUCAUCUAUUAAAUACACCCGAUUCCACACCUACAUUUGAUAAUACCUAUCAUGUGGGCUGGCCAGAUCUCACCCUCUGUUCAAGCAACAUCGCAAACCUAGUGCAGGACUGGACUGUGGUCGAUGAUGAAAGCUGCUCCGAUCACAAAUACCUUCACUUUCUCAUAAACUGUGACACGAAAAUCAGUCCUACGUAG